AUGGAACUCAAUUGUGUUCAAUUUCUUGAAAACAAGACGAUUCUAGUCACCGGCGCUACCGGUUUCCUUGCCAAAGUUUUUGUGGAGAAAAUUUUGAGAGUGCAACCAGUGGCGGAUAAGUUGUACCUUUUGGUGAGAGCAUCAAACGACGAAGCUGCGACUAAACGCUUACGCACCGAGGUAUUUGAGAAAGAUCUUUUUAAGGUGUUGAGAGAGAAUCUUGGCGAUGAGAAGUUAAAUAGAUUGUUGUACGAUAAAGUUGUCUCAGUCCCUGGUGAUAUUGCUACUGAUGAACAAUUAGGCAUGAAUGACUCUAAUCUUAUAGAACGUAUGCAAAAAGAAAUAGAUAUUGUCGUCAAUGUUGCAGCCACAACAAACUUUGACGAGAGAUAUGAUGUUGGGCUUGAAAUCAACGCUUUUGGAGCUCUCAACAUCCUUAACUUUGCCAAAAAAUGUGUUAGAGCUCAAUUGCUUCUCCAUGUCUCUACUGCUUAUGUUUGCGGAGAAAAGCCGGGUUUCCUACCUGAAAACCUAAUUUUCUUGGAAGAUAUUCGUAACGAGGACGGUCUUCGACUGGAUAUAAACUUUGAAAGGGAACUGAUGAAGGAAAGAUUGAAAGAACUCAAAGAACAAGAUUGUUCCGAAGAAGACAUUACUCUUGCCAUGAAAGAACUCGGAAUGGAAAGGGCUAAGCUUCAUGGAUGGCCAAAUACAUAUGUUUUCACCAAAUCAAUGGGAGAGAUGCUUCUUGGUAACCAUAAAGAAAAUCUUCCUCUAGUCAUCAUCCGUCCUACGAUGAUCACUAGCACUUUUUCGGAACCAUUUCCCGGUUGGAUCGAAGGAUUAAGAACCAUAGAUAGUGUGGUUGUAGCAUUUGGCAAAGGAAGGCUUAAAUGUUUUCUUGCAAAUCCAAACUCAGUCCUUGAUCUUAUACCUGUGGACAUGGUCGCAAAUGCAAUGGUCACGGCUGCGACAAUACACGCAGGGAACUUAGGCUCUCAGACCGUGUAUCAUGUUGGCUCAUCUUUUAAGAACCCUAUCACAUUCGAACAGGUUCACGAUCUCGCGGCUCGCUACUUCACUAUAAACCCUCUUGUUGGACGCGAUGGUUCACCCAUCAUAGUCUCCAAAGGAACUAUCUUUUCCACCAUGGCUCAGUUCAGCUUCUACGUGACCCUUCGUUACAAGCUACCUUUACAGUUACUAAAAUUGAUUGAUAUAAUAUACCCUUGGAGAAAAGGAGAUAAAUACGGAGACAAGAACCGUAAAAUAGAGUUGGCAAUGAGAUUGGUAGAGCUAUACGAGCCUUACGUACUCUUCAAGGGCAUAUUUGACGAUAGAAACACCAAGAGCUUAUGCGCAAACCAGAAGGAAGAAGAGAGCAAGAAUUCAGAAAAAAUGAUGUUUGAUUUCGACCCAAAAGUCAUAAACUGGGGAGAUUAUCUCACAACAAUACACAUUCCUGGUCUCAUCACUCACGUACUUAAAAGAUAAAACCACAUGCAAAAAGAAAAAAUUAUAUUACAUUUCUGCAUGUA